CUGUGCAAUGCACGGCCAUAGACUUGUGGCUUAUGACAACCCACAUGCAUUCUCUCACAGUUCUUGGGUCUCCUGAGUCUGAAAGGCCUCACUGAGGUCAAAGUGUGAGCAGCGCCCUGCUCCGUCCGGAGGCCCUCAGGAAGAGUCUCUUCCCUGGCGUGUCCCAGUUCCAAGAGGCCAACUGCAUUCCCGGGCUCAGGGCCCCCGCACCAUCCUGAAGGCCAUUUGCAGAGCAUCUUCACAUCUCUGACUCUGUGACGUCUGCCUCCCUCUUUCACUUUCAGGAACCCUUGUGAUGACGUUAGAGUCACCCAGGAAUGUACUGAAUUUACUUACAAGUUUGCAGAAGAAACCCGAAGGCAGCCCUUUGGGGCAGCAACACCAGGCUACGAUUUCAUGGCCCAAUUGAGAAGUGGAAUAGAGUCGAUCCUCCCUCCCAACGCCCAUGAGCUGGCCAACAACCGACUGCACGUGUCCAUCUCUAACAUCAAGACCAGAGAAAAUUGCUUAGUCUCAAGUUUUUCCUCCAGAGAGGAUCUCAUUAAGGUUCUCCUGGCGAGCAGCUUCCUGCCCAUUUACGCAGGACUGAAGCCAGUGGAAUACAAGGGGCAGAAGUGGAUGGAUGGAGGCCUCACCAACAGCCUUCCCAUCCUGCCUGAAGGCCAGACAGUGACUAUCUCCCCCUUCAGUGGACGAUUAGACAUCUGCCCAGAAGACAAAGGGCUGCUGGAUCUGUACAUUAACAUCACCAAUCAGCACCUAAGGCUGUCCGUGGCAAACUUGGUAAGGCUUAGCCAAGCCCUCUUCCCACCAAAGAAGAGGAAAAUGGAAUCACUGUAUCAACAUGGGUUUGAUGACACCAUUGAGUUUUUACUUAAAGAAAAUUGGUUUGAACAGAAUGCUUAAACGUCGAUAACACAAAACAGAUUUCACACAGUUUUUGAUGGAGACUUCUAAUCAAAUCGAUUUUUUUUAAAAAACAUGCAGGAUUCCCCAUUACCAGUUUCUGUAACAUUCAUAAUCAUUUUUAUUAUUUGAAUUAUUACUUGGUACAAGGAAAUAAGAAGCAUUUUGCUAGAAUUCGGCUGUUUCAUCAGGACACAGUCAGGUGAUAAGGAAACCUUUCCAGAGAACAAUCGCGUCCUUUGAAAGGUCCCUUUCACAUUUGGGGGGUGGGGGGGUGGGCUCGCUGCGUAAACCGUGGAAUGCUGGAAACGGAGAGCCGCCGCCUGCGCGCUAUCAUUACAGAGAAGGAGGCAGCAUCUGAGACAUGAAAGGGUAUUUCCGUGAGAUACCAGUGCCCUGUAGUCCCAGAACAGAAGGAGCAACUUUGUCAGGCCGAACUUGUCUCCGGGCCGAACCCCAGCAUCCGAGGCAGGGAGGGGAAGGACUGGAGCAACGGGCAGCACCACUAAGGCUUUGAGAAGGGGUGGAGGGGCAACGGCUUGCUGUUCACAGCUGCCACGCAGCUGUGCCUGGUAGGCUGCUGGACUGGUAGGCCAGAAGCCCACGACGUUUUGACACGAGGUCUGUUUUCCUUAUUCUUCAGUACAGUUUCCCCUUCCCACCUUACUCCUUCCAAAUCCACCCUCCAGCUCAGGUGGUUAUCAGACUGUUUUGAUGCGUCCUUGUUCUAAAGCCUAGGCUGCCGUUCGUGUUCUCUCUACAUCUCUCUCUGUCUCUCUCUUUCGCCUGUGUCUUGGGCUCUCUGUCUCUCAGUCUCUUUGUUUGCUCCCACAAGGCCGCACCUCAACAAAUACUUAGCCUUUAGUUUAUAUACUCUAUCUACUCAUGCUAGGAACUCAAACAGGUAAAACACCACAAAACACAAGGGACCAGGUCAGCCAAACAGCCUGGUAAAUAAGGAUCAUAUCCACAAUAAUCAUUCACGUAUUAUGUUUAAAUCAUGUUCUACUGAUCCCAGGUCUUACAUUUUUUGAGCAGUUGUCCUAUCAUUUUGAGCACCGCAUGUGAGUUUACACUAAUUCCUAUACACUGUCUUAAAAUCGUUUCCAUGGGGCUUUGCCAAGCAUGAACUCUUAAUUACUUAAGAAGCAGUUAGAAACAAACUAGUUUAAUUGCUUGUCUUUAACUGUUAUGCAUUUCUCUUUCUGCCAUUUGAAGCCAUUGUUUAAAUCAAUUCUAUGGUUCUUAAAAGCCCCCAAUACACAAUGUUUAGCACAUAAACACUGACAGUUGCCUCCUUUCUGCCGAGUCCUGCAGAGACUCAAGGUAGAGUCGUCGCACCUCUUGGACUGUGUAUGUUUUUCCUACUCUAGCAAAUGCAGUUAAAUCUUCACAUUGUUUUAAUAAGUGACAUGAUGGGGAUAGAUACUCAGUUCAUUCCUGCCUCUGCUCAUUCACUGGAUUUUCCUCUUUUACCACUUUCUGGGACCAUUCUAUUUGUAGAAAGUUUAGUAAAUUCUUUAUUUGAUGCUUCCUCUGAGCAAAAACAAGCCUAAUUGUGUUAGACUUUUAAAAAGUAUUUUGUCCCUAGCGCAUAUGUCUUUGACCUUGUUGGUAGAUGGUACUUGCCUUGAAAACCACUGUAAGUUCACGGACACUGCAGUGCACCCGGCUUUCUAACGCGAGACACAGGUGGCAUUGCAACACAGCCCGCAGUUUGUCUGCUCCAGGGGGACACUGUACCAAAUUCUCAUGAGAGGCAAGUCACAGAGCGUGUUCUGGGGUGCAAAGGCUGUGUCCGCAUGCAUCUGUGCUAAUGGGAAACACGCCUUAACAACAGGCUCUGCCCUAUUGAGAUCAGCAUUUUGAAGCUCUGUAGAACUGGUGUAUGGAAGGUCUGAAGAGACUUUCUGACCCCGAUCCUGAAAUGUUUGCAGGGCAAUUACUGUAACUGGGGGCUUGAUAAGUUCCCAGUUCCCUAUUGGGGUAAUUUCCUAAUGUCUUUGCAUUGUCAUUUAAAAUUUCCCUGGUCUUUCUUUUCUUCUUUUCAGUAACACUCUUUACAUUGUAACUAUGGUAACCUGCAGCUUCCAUUGCCAAUGAGAGAACAUAGAUUUGGUUUCUAAGUUCAAUAAUGCUCUAAAGGAGCAAGCAGUGUAUUAAACACAAAACAAAACAAAAAACUGUUAGUUCUAGUUUCACAGUAUUGGACGUGGCGCAUGUAUAGCAGAAGUUUGCAAAGAAGCAUUUAAUUAUGAAUCUAAACAGACAAGGGCACUUGAAAUGGACAGUUCGGUUAUGCUGCUUUUAAUUUUUUUUCUGAUGAUUAAAACAGACGCAUAUAAUUACUUCCCUUUUUAUAAGUAUUAAUCAUAGAAAGUUUUCGGAUCUAGUCUGUUCUUUUCAUAGUUGAGGAACCAAUAAUUAGCAAAGUUCAGGGUUUUGAGGUUAUUCUUGCUCAAGUUCUAUCUAUACUAUAGCAAAAUAAAAUUGAAAGGUGAAGUAAUUAUCCACAUAACUCAAAGCAGGAGAAAAGGCGAUGAUUGCAGAUUAGGAAAAGAUGAUUUAAAAAAAAAUUAUCAUAGCAACUACUAAUUACUAGUACUUACACUACUAUAUACUUACAUAUUAUAUAUAAGUACUUAUACUAAUAAGUACUAGUAAUUAUUAGUUUAGUUAGGCUGAAUUUACCAUGUAAUUGCUCAACUCUGCACUUAACCUUGGUUACGCUGAUGUCUGCCAGGCUUCUCUCCUCGAAUGUUACUCUGUUCUCCUUGUGGGGAAGUAUUUCGAACAUUAUAUAAAGGUCUCCUUCUUCAUCAGGUUUUCAAUUUUAUCUACACGGACUCACGGUUUCCUGCUUGUUCCCAGGAAAUAGUAUCUGCUACGCCCCUCAUUGCUCUCGAUGUGCGAGUGGCCCUCAGCUUGCUCAGUAGGACCUGUUCCGGCGGCCGGCUGUGCCCCUUGGCAGCUCCUCAUUAUUCUCUGACCCGUGCUUUGCUUUCUGAAACAACAUUCUCCAGGCUUAUCUUGCACUUCUGCUUCCCCAUUCUGGAAUCACCCAUGUCUCUAAGGGCUGUAAUUCUUUUAAUAGAAAAUGGCAUUUAUAUUCACGGUGUGUAUAAACCAAGUUGACUACCCAAAUGACAAUGGUAUUGGUGUGAUGCUGCUCCCAGGUCCUCUCAGUGAAGAGAGUUAGGGAAUUUGCAGGCAUGUGGAUGUGGGCGUGCAUGUACCGGCAUUUACAUCUAUGUUUAUCUAUGUAUCGGUCAAUGAAUCGACCCGCCCAUCACUUAUCUAUGUAUCUACCUAUUUUACACAUAUGUAGAAGCUGUCCUUGCUUGCCUACCUGAUGGUGAUGUCUGUCUGUCCAUUGUUCAAUAAUUGCAUUCUGAUAGGGCAACAAUAAAACUCUAAAUUAAGCCACUAUGCGAAUUGCCUAAAAGAAGGAAGAAAAUUCUUGUCAUAUGCAUUAAAAUAAAUGACUUUCAGUACGCAUGUUAGAUUAAUAAAAUAGCAGCACUCAGUUAAGAAUAAAAAGUUUCAAUAAAAAA